CUGUCCUUCACACAUUUGGAUCCCAUUCUGGCGACAACACACUCCAAACGGCUGCAACAGAGAUUCUUCUUCUUUUUCUUCAAUCUUUAAAAAACAAAAAACAAAACAUGUUUUAAAUGAAUUCUCCCGUGUUUUGCUGUAGGUUACAUAUUCAGUGAUCUUGUACUUGAGACUACAGGAUCAGACCCUGUUUUCGUACGCGGAGAUCUUCGUGUCCUUUUUAUUCGUUUAUAAUAGGCCUUCUAAUAAUCAGACCCAUGUUAAAGCUUAUUUUUUGUAGACCUGCUUUUUCUGUAGACACGGCGGCUUAGGCUCUCUUGCGUUUUCGUUAUUUCCUGAAGAAUUAUUACCCACCGGAUUCUAGCUCUGAGGAUUCAACAAAUAGUAUGAUUCUCUGUGUACCAGGUCCUAGAACUCUUCUGCCCAGUGCUCUGUCCACUGAAGCCCCACGGGGCAUGCGGGCUGGAACUGUACCUCCUACCCCUUGCCUUCAAAGCACCCCUCCGGCAUGGGACCCCGCAAAGGACUUGCGGGCGAUUGCCAGCAACUUCUGCUAUCUAGAAAAUUCAGGAUGGUACUGGGGAGCUGUAACUGCAGCUCAGGCCCACGCUGCACUUCAAGAGGCAUCUGAAGGAGCUUUUUUGGUACGGGACAGCAGCCACCCUAUGUACAUGCUGACCCUCUCGGUCAGGACUGCACGCGGUCCCACCAGUAUACGGAUCCAGUACAGUGGUGCCCAGUUUUUGCUCGACUCCAGCUCCCCGGCUCGGCCCAGCCUGGCGUCCUUCCCCAGUGUGCCGAGCCUGGUGCAGCACUACAUGGGACCAGAGAGGAAAGCAGAGGAGGGGAAGGUGGAGGUGGAGGCUCCUUCAAAACCUACUCAGCAGACAAUUCAGGAAGCUUCUGUGGUACUAAAACUGAAGCGGGCUGUGUACAAGCCCCAGGGCCUCCCCUCCUUACAGCACCUCACACGCCUUGUCAUCAACAGGCACUCUGACUGUCCUGACCAGCUACCACUCCCGAGGCCUCUGCUCCGUUACAUACAGGACUAUCCCUUCAAGGUAUGAGGGCCCCCCUCAAGUUCAUUAUUGUGGCAGCAUUGCAGCUGACUUAAAAGACAGAAAAAUGUCAAACAGGUCCUUUAUGCCUGUAAAAUGACAUUACUGCUCCAGCAGUUGGCGGCCAGUCAUGAAAGAAACUGGACACAGGGUCAUGUUUUUACUGAUGAAAUAUGUACAAAUUCAGUUAAUAUUGACGUGUCUGGUUUCAGACUUAAUUUGUCAAGGACUGGGUGGUGAAGAAUCCCAGAAAGAGACGGCUUUUGAGAAAACUCAGUACUGUAAUCUACACUUGCUUUAUGAUGGAUGUGGAAAUUGUCCAUAUCUGUUUUACCCUCUUCAGUUUUGGAUGUACAUACUGUUUCCAAGAAGUACACUGAUUCCAUUGAAACAUCAUUUUAAGCCAUUUUAUUUUUCUCAGUAAAACAUUUUUUCUACCUUU